AUGCCAAGCGGCUACAAGCACGGAGACACGCCGAAACGGGCCAUGGUGCGAGGCACCAUCUCCUACCUAGAGUCCCAAGGUCUGCCCGUCAACAAGUCGGCCAUCUUCCGCCACUUCGAGCUGUCGCGCUCCCAGGGAUAUGCGGCCCUCAACAUCCCUGCGUCCAGGCGCAAUGAUCCAGAGUGGGAGGAGACGCGGGGACGGCCCUCGAAGAUCACCGAGGCGGAUCAGCAGAAGAUGGAGAGCAUUCUGUGGGACGAGCAGUACGAGAAUGUCAACCUCAACUGGUCCAAGCUGGCCAAGGAGGCUGGCCUCGAGACAGAGUGCAAUGCCAGGACUCUUCACCGCACCAUGGGCACCAUGGGCUACCGCCGCUGCAUGGGGUGCAGUCGUUGCUGGGUGCACAAGAAGACACGGGAGAAGCGCGUCGAGCACGCAGAGCGUAUGCUUGAAUCUUUCCCCCAGCCUCAAGACUGGCACGCCGUGCGGUUCAGCGGCGAGCUGCACUUUGGCUUUGGGCUGGAUGGCAAGGUGAGACUGCUGCCAAAGCUGGGAGAGAAGUAUUGCCAGGGCUGCACUGACCAGCCGGCUGCAACUGCAUGGGCCCGAGACAUCAAAAGAGUGCAUGCUUGGGCCGCAAUUGGGUAUGACUUCAAGUCCGAGCUGCUUUUCUACGACGAGUCUACGAGCCCGAACAAUAGCGGGGUGAUUUCAAUGCAAGACUACUGCGAGAAGGUGCUGGAUGGUGUCGUCAAGACGUGGAUUUCAGCAGAGGGGGCUCAACCGUUUGUCCUGGAAGAGGAUAUCGAGUCGUUUGCUCAUGGUGCGGCCAGCAAGGUGAACCCGGCUCAGCAGUGGAAAGAGGAGAAUGGCUUAAGGUGCCACUUCAACUGCCUUGACAGUCCAGACCUCAAUCCGCUCGACUCUCUGUGGCCGCCUCACAAGCAAUGGUCCACACAGCCACUGGAGAAUUGGGAUACCGAAGGCUUGAAACAGGCGGCCCGCGACGCGUGGGCUAACAUUGAGCAGCCGAAGGUCAACGCGUGGGUCGAGUCCAUGCCCCAGAGACUGCGGCAAGUCAUCGAAAAUGAGGGGAAGAUGUUUCCCUGGUGA